AUGUCCGAGGAGGAGUUUGGCUUCACCAGCGGCAGCGAUGGAGGCAGGAUCACGCUGCCCUGCGAUGCCAUGGUGAUGGAGUACGUCUUGUGCCUGGUCAGGAGAGAGGCCUCUGAGGAGGUUGAGAGGGCGUUCUUGAGCUCCAUUGAUGGGCACUGCCACAGCUACAAUGCUAGCUGCACGGUGCCAUCAAUGGCACUCAGCCAUAAAUUUGCUCUUUGUACUUAG